AGUUGCUCUGUGUUACUGAACAGACAUGGUUUUCGUUAGUGUGUUGCCACAAACCUUGCUGCAGUGAGUGUUGUACCAAUCCCCUUGCACCUUGUACUGUGCAGGGGAAGACACUGUUCCUCGAUACAGCUUAAUAUUAAACACUGAAUUAUUGACACAAGGACAAGAUGAAAGCGGGAGUCCUGUGGAUGGUGAUUGUGUGUUUGAGUGAUGGAAAGGUCACAACAUGCUCAGUGGAGACCACCGUCACAGUGUCACACCUCAGUAAAGUAUCCAUAUCCUGUCCGUCAAACAUGGCCAAUUCCGAACUCAGCUACCUGCUCCUUCUCAAUGACAGCUGCAUCAGCCGAAUACGUCUGUCCAAGGAGUCUGGUUCUGGAGUGUUCUCCAGUCAGUAUGAAAUCACAGCCAACAACAGUGGAGUGUACAUCUGUAAGAAGGAGGUGAUUUAUCCUCCACCAUACAAAGAGGAGUGUCACUCCACUAAAGUAAUAGUGGCAGAAAAGCAGAAAACCAAUGAGACUGCCCUAGAAGCCAAUCAGAGCUGCCAAGUCAAGUCUCCACUCAUCCCAGAAGUGGUGUUGUGGGCAGGAUGUGGUGUUCUGUUGGUCUACAGCCUGUCAAUCACAUGCAUCACCUGCAGCAUUGUUCUACGGAGGAAGCUGAAGAGGGAUGAAGAGGAUACAAAUGAGUAUGUCAACACCAGACCUGGAGAGAUAAGGAAACACAGCAAAACCUAAUGACAAUUUAUAUUGUAAUAUACAAUAACAUAUCAAAGCUAUUAAAUUGAUGAUAUGUGAGACUUUUCAAUACAUUGGAGAGUUGAUUUAAAUUACAAAUAUUGUAAUUUAAAUCUCAGUUACUUGUUUUUUAGUUAAAAGCUGACAUUAAACUACAUGAAAGAAUUAAUGCAUAUAUAUAUAUAUAUAUAUAUAUAUAUAUAUAUAUACACACACACACACACACACACACACACACACACACAUAUAUAUAUAUGUAUUGUUUUGCCAUUGAAAAUAUAGAUGCAACACUUGGCUAAUACAGUCAAUAUAACUGUUUAGAAUGUUUUUUUCCCCUAAACCAUUAUGUAAUGGGGACUGAAGAAAAGAUGUAAAUGUUUGUAAUAUUUAUGACCAGCAUGUUUUUACUGUGCAAAAAUGAAUUGUGCAGCAUGUUCUGCAGUGGAGGUAAUCAGUUAAUUUGGUCUGGAUGAGAAGAAUGAACACCAGUAUCCAUCAAUUCCAGGGUAUCUUUGCUCAGGUUACUCAAAUAGACCUCGCCUCAUGUUUUGUGAUUGCAAACUGAAAAAGCUGAAAAUACUCAGCAUUACUCUUUAAAACAAAAUGCUGUCUUCUGUCUGUAUUUUUCACAUACAGUUGGAGUUGGACAGUGUGUAUUUGUUCAGUGGGCAGGGAUGUUCAUGAUAUUAUGUCUCUUACUUUGCUAUUAUUACCACAUUUUUUGUGUCAAGAUACUGAAAUAAAGAUGCAGUUUAACAAUGUGAAGAGCUAUUGAAAUAUUACAUUGCAUGUAAAUUGUACAUUACAGAACCCCUAAAGUCCCAAAAGGUGGUUUGUUUUUUUUAUCUUGUGCGCACAAGUUAAUAUCAUAUAGGAACAAGUUAUUAUCUUGUGUUCACAAGAUAAAAAAUACCACCUUUUGGGACUUUAGGGACUCCGUAGUACACUGUAUUCUCAAUAUUUUCUUUUAAAAAAUUUUUUGAAAA